ACAGUCCUCUUUAUACACUGGGGAACUGACACUCGUCCUCUUAGUCCGCCUGCCAGGAGAGGGGAAAGGAGUGCUGGAGAGAAGCUCAGACGGCUGUGUUGGGUGUUGAGCGAAAAAAAAGAAUCAUUUUAAUUCUGUAAAACUGUUAAGCGCUAAAAUUCAACAGGAAAGGUAACAAGAAUAAAAAGCAGAUAUUGCUUUCUGGCCUGGCUUCAUAGUCUGUCUUGCUUACUGCUUUCAACGUCUAACUGGCAGAAGUCAAAUUCACAAGUGAGGCUUGCAUGGUUCCUUUCAAACAAUCGCAUGACAAAAUAAAUCAAGUUCUUUAUGAAGAAAAGUGCUCGCAUUUCUCAAAUUUCCAAAAAGGUCAUGGGUGGUUUUUGUGUGGGUGGUUAAUUUCCAUGUAAAAACGGUCUUGCAACAAGUUUCAGAUGUUGGUACGGUGCUGCCAAAACAGUUUGUCAGCAUUUUCUGCUCUGUGUUACCCAACUGGAUAACAAGUGAUAAUUCAAUAACAAGUUCUGUUUGCAACAGAUCUGGGGCCUUGGAGGAACAACGCUUGACACAUUUACAGAAAAAAAACAGGAGAUAAGCCAAGAAACAUUAUGCUCUGUGAUUUAGUGUAAUAAUCAGCUGGGUGUUUGUGAUUUUCACAGCUCCUGAAAGGGUCUUGCUCCCUUAGUUUGGCAGUUAAUUCAAAACACGACUCCAAGAACUGUGAUAAUAAGAGGAAUACUUUGCUAAUCCAGUACUUUUGCUUCUGAAUGUCAAUGCUGUCCUUUUUUCUUUCACAUCAUUUGUUUUAAAAGGAACCAGGCCAGGUUCGAGUCUCUGAUUAACUGAUCCCUGAAAAUUUUUGUCACAGUCCAUUCAUUACUAUGCAGACAUGAUGAUACCCUAUAUAGUAAGUGAAAGCUAUUUAGAGCCAGCUGUCGGAAAAUAGAUACACUGGUCACUACUGCAGGAUUAGUGUAGCACAUUUAAAAGCUUGAGUAAGACACUCUAGUAUUAUGUUGCCAAGGCAGAAGAGCAGUAGCAUAUGUUUGAAGUGUCAGGUGGUCAUUUAAGUCACUGUGGUACUGUGACAGCACGCCACCGCAAACCGGACCUCACGUGGUGGUGGUAGUGGUGUCUGGACUUAUGUAACAGCACCAGGUUCACCUUUCUAGAUGCUUACAGUAACAUUUUAAAUAACAUUUUCACGCAGAAAAUGUUAGAACUAUAAAAAUACAAACGGGUAAUAAUCCUUGGCUCAAUAAUGAUGAGUAUGUGCAAAAAUGUGGGAUUGCAGUACUACGUUUCUCUUCUGUGUCACAGAUGUCUAAAGGACCAGCAGUGGGUAUUGAUCUGGGUACCACAUAUUCCUGUGUGGGAAUCUUCCAGCAUGGCAAAGUGGAGAUCAUUGCUAAUGACCAAGGAAACAGGACGACACCCAGUUAUGUGGCUUUCACAGACACGGAGAGACUUAUUGGAGAUGCUGCCAAGAACCAGGUGGCUAUGAACCCAGCCAACACUGUAUUUGAUGCAAAGCGUCUGAUUGGUCGUAAGUUUGAUGAUCCCGUGGUACAAUCUGACAUGAAGCACUGGCCCUUCAAAGUCAUUAAUGAGUCAUCCAAACCUAAAGUGGAGGUUGAAUAUAAGGGUGAGAUCAAAACCUUCUACGCAGAGGAGAUAUCCUCAAUGGUCCUCACCAAAAUGAAGGAGAUUUCUGAAGCAUAUCUUGGCAAGCCUGUGACCAAUGCAGUUGUCACAGUUCCAGCUUACUUCAACGAUUCCCAGCGUCAAGCCACCAAAGAUGCUGGGGCCAUCUCUGGCCUUAAUGUACUGCGCAUCAUCAAUGAGCCUACUGCUGCAGCUAUUGCUUAUGGACUGGACAAGAAGGUUGGUGGAGAGCGCAAUGUGCUUAUCUUUGACCUCGGAGGUGGUACUUUUGAUGUGUCAAUCUUGACUAUUGAGGACGGUAUCUUUGAGGUGAAGGCCACUGCUGGUGACACACACUUGGGCGGUGAGGACUUUGACAACCGCAUGGUGAACCAUUUCAUCGCUGAGUUUAAGCGCAAGUUCAAAAAGGAUAUCAUCAGCAACAAGCGAGCCGUGCGUCGCCUCCGCACAGCCUGUGAACGCGCAAAGCGUACCCUUUCCAGCAGCACCCAGGCCAGCAUCGAGAUCGACUCGCUCUACGAAGGUACAGAUUUCUACACUUCCAUCACCAGGGCCCGUUUCGAAGAACUCAAUGCAGACCUGUUCCGUGGAACCCUCGAGCCUGUAGAGAAGGCCCUGAGGGAUGCCAAGAUGGACAAGUCGCAAAUCCAUGACAUUGUCUUGGUGGGUGGCUCCACACGUAUCCCUAAGAUUCAAAAGCUGCUCCAAGACUUUUUCAAUGGCCGUGACCUCAAUAAGAGCAUUAACCCUGAUGAGGCCGUCGCCUAUGGUGCAGCUGUGCAGGCCGCCAUCUUGGCUGGGGAUAAGUCUGAGAAUGUACAGGACCUACUUCUGCUGGAUGUCACACCCCUUUCCCUGGGAAUCGAGACAGCUGGAGGAGUAAUGACUGUCCUUAUCAAGAGAAACACCACCAUCCCCACUAAGCAAACCCAGACCUUUACCACCUAUUCAGACAACCAACCUGGUGUGCUCAUUCAGGUGUAUGAAGGUGAGAGAGCCAUGACUAAGGACAAUAACAUCCUUGGGAAGUUUGAACUGACUGGUAUUCCACCUGCUCCCAGAGGAGUCCCUCAGAUCGAGGUGACCUUUGACAUUGAUGCCAAUGGCAUUCUCAAUGUGUCUGCAGUGGACAAAAGCACCGGAAAGGAGAACAAGAUAACUAUCACCAAUGACAAAGGCCGGUUGAGCAAAGAAGACAUUGAGCGCAUGGUGCAGGAAGCAGAGCAGUUCAGGGCUGAGGAUGAAGUCCAGAGGGAGAAAGUGACAGCCAAGAAUUCCCUUGAAUCUCUCGCCUUUAACAUGAAAAGCACCGUAGAGGAUGAGAAACUCCAAGACAAGAUCAGCCCAGAGGACAAGAAGACUAUUGUGGACAAGUGCAACGAAGUCAUUGCUUGGCUGGACAGAAACCAGAUGGCAGAGAAGGAGGAGUAUGAUCACCAGCAGAAGGAACUGGAGAAGGUGUGCAACCCUAUCAUUUCCAAACUUUAUCAAGGGGGCAUGCCAGGAGGAAUGCCAGGAGGAAUGCCCGGUGGCUUCCCUGGUGGUGCAGCAGGUGGCUCCUCUUCUGGCCCAACUAUCGAGGAAGUUGACUGAACUCAGUGUUUUUUACUAUUUGCCAAUAGAUAUUUACUGUUUUUAAGGUAUCACUUCAAAUGUUCUUACCUAGUAUACAUCUAAUAAAUAUCUAGUCAGGUUUAUAUCAAAUGUUUUGGAAUAUCUAAGCACACAACAAUUUCAAUAUCCAGAUGCAUAUUUAGAUGAUUUAAAAGUCACACCUUUGUAUCAAUGCUUUUUAUGCAAAAAAUCAAUAAAUGUCAACAGUAAAAUUCUGAUUUGAAAACUGUAA